CUUGCAGUCCCUCUUCGCCCACCUUUGCCCCCCAUCUAAUCCCCUUCCUCGUGGUUGCCAUCGUUGCUCCCUUGCUCUUGCCUGCGUCGUCUUUGCUCCUUCCUGCUCUGUCUGUGUCGUCAACAUCCGUAGACCGCCUCCACCCUCGGCUUCAACUCUCCAGUCUAAAUCUAAACCCACUCGUCAAUAACAAACCAAACACUCCCACCCCCUUUGACUAUCUAUCUCUCCCUCCUCCUUCAUCAUCUUCCAUACCUUACCUUGCUGCCUGUGCACAUAAACUGCAUCACCGUCUGUUGCCGUGCCCUCGCUAGAUCAAUCAAUACAGUAGACCCUUAUAGAUCUCUUGGAUCUGUUUCAACACUUGAGGUUACUACGUACAAUUGCUCAGCGAAGUUCUGGUGACCUUGACCUUUCUCCCAAGUCGACAGUCCAUCAUCUUGUAGACAGCUCGACUAUUCUCCAAUAUUGUCCCUCGUCUCGCUUCAACACAGUCGCCAUGCCUUACAACACGCGCCGAAAGUCGCUUUCUUUACCUAGUCUUGGGAUUCAUGUCCCAAUGACACAUGCUGCUCGAGCUGCUGCUGCUGCUUCCAAGAACGCUUCGAGAUCGUCUUCUUCGUCUUCAUCCAGUGCUGCUUCAUCGGCCUUGUCACCGCCCUCGUCUGGCUCCGAGGCCCCCGAAGCACAUCCCAAUAAGCGACAGAAGCGAUCGCAUUCCGACGACAUUGCCAUUGAGCAGACACCUCCUCCUUCACCUACACCAGGCUCAAGCCUCGACCUUGAUACAAAUCAGUCCGCCAUCGACUUCGAGACGAUCAACGACGACAUUGUCGAGGCAGUUAUUGUUCAAUUACAGUCAACUGGAAACCGUCCUCACCUCGUCAAGGAGCUUGCUACCGUUCUGGCACAACGUCUUACCUCUGUUCAACAUUCUGCCAACCCUUGCGCAAUCAUCUCUUCAAGGCUGGCCUCAUAUGCUAAGCGACAAUGCUGGAGUGACACAAAACCAUGCCCUCUCGCCAAGGAACUUGAGAGCGUCCACCCUCGAAGGACCUAUUAUUUCCUCACCACCUGCCCUCGUCAGCCCAUUCCCGAACCCAACUCCACAGUGUCUGCUCAUGCCGCCCUCGAAACUCCUUCGGUGUCUCUGACGGAUGAUUCCGGCUCCGAUGACGAUGCUCGCCGGCGGGAACUCAGCCCAUCGCCUGAGGUUGACCUUUCUGACCAUGGAUUCGAGGAAGGUGACGAUGAUGUUAUCAUGCCUCUUACCCCCAUCGGCUCUCUUCCCUCUCAUCACCGUUACGUGCCAAACCGCCGCAACAGCCGUCACAACUCACCGCCUCUGGAAAAAGAUGAGCGGGAGUUUACACAAACGGCCGACUUCUUGCAGAAACGCAAGUUCGCCGAGGACACCCCUGUUGCUGAGUCCGCCGAUCGCACCACCCACACUUCAGAGUAUGGGUACCGCGACGACUUCUGGUUCGGCGACCAUCGCAUCUUCACCUCAAAUGCCCUCCUUACCAGCCCCGCGGUAAAGCCUAGCUCCAUGUCAAACAUGGCAUCCGGUUUGCGAAAAGAGGACGAUGGUGAGAGCUGGCUAAAGUUUAGCAAGCUUAUGGAAUGGGACCGCGGCGCUGAGAGCAUCGAAAUUGAUGAGCUUGAUUGCUUACUCGAUACGUGUUGAGCAAUUGCGACUUCUUUGGGCAGGCGCAAGGGGUCAGGGAGAGACGAUUGAGAUGAUUUGAUUCCGUUAUGUCUGCGACGACGGAUAUACGACAUACUUACAUACUAAUUGCAUGGAGGGGCGCCUGUGGAAGUACCUGUAUAUUUAGACAAGUUUGGUGUUUUGGUUUGAUUGGGUUUGGACCGGGACUGGGAUACCUGGAAAAGGGAUCAUGGCAUCCCAUGGUUUUGAUUAUUUGGCGUUAAAAAGGAUGCGGAAGCUGGAAUUCUAAAAAUGCAAUGCCGCUCAAAGUGCUUCGACUUUUUGAAUAUUGUACAUCACCCUAUAUUCUACAACCCAUCUCAUUCCUUUCAUAUCAAU